GAGAUAAAAUCAUCGCAGUGCAGCCUUCAAAGCGUGCAGAAGUGCUCUUUGCUGCCUCUCAACAUUCACUGUUCUACUAAAUCGCCUACUGAACGAUGCACGACCAGACUGUCUGCAUUGCUGCAGUAACGGUAUUAGGUCUUUUAGAGCAAGCGUACUUCUCGCUGCAGGUUAUCUAUGCUCGACGCAAGUACUCCGUCUCCCCACCAAUGACAACUGGACCACCAGAAUUUGAAAGAAUCUUCAGAGCUCAAGCAAACUGUUCCGAGUAUUUCCCCAUCUUCAUCUCUUCUCUGUGGGUAUCUGGGCUCUUCUUCAGUCAAGGGGUUACAACUCUUUUCGGACUCCUUUACCUGCAUGGCCGUUAUCAGUACUUCUGGGGCUAUGCUGAGUCCCCUCUUGGCAGGCUUAAGCCUCUGUACUUCUGCGCCAAAGUCCAGUGGGUGUUGAUCGGGCUAGGAGCUGUGGGGGUCCUGUGCACCAUGAGUAGGCUCUACCUGGGCGUCGACAUCCCCCAGUCCAUCAACCACAUCUUCCUCUGAGGAAAUGCAGAGCAUGAUUACAGCGAAGAGGAAGCCGAUUAGAGGUGUACUGGGUGCAUAUGUGUACACCCUUUGUGCAAAAUUAAGAAACACAACCUGAAGGAGACAGGGUCCGUUUGUAAAAAAUAUUUUGUACAAAGCAUUUUUUUAAAUUGAAGGAAAAAAUGAAGGAAGAGGACUUGCAAACACAAUUAUUUCAUCAUCUUUUCAUGUCUGUGUAACCAUCUAUCUUUCGAUAAAAUAAAAAUCUGCAAAAUGUG